AUGAUUUCAACAAUAAUCCUCUCAGGAGGUAUAUAUCUUUCAUUCUUCUUAGCAUAUCAAGCAUUCUCACCUCUGUUCGAAUCAGAACGCAAGAGAGCUUAUGUCUUAUCGUCAAUCUCAUCAUUUACCAUGACAUUACUAUCGAUUCCUCUAUUUGGAAGUUAUCUGCUAUACGGAUUGAAAGAUACAUUUGAAUAUGCACAAGGGGGAUGGAUGGGAAAUUGGACAAGGUUUGCUGUGGUGUUUUUCGCUACUUACUUGUUUGCUGAUGUGAGUUUAUCAUUCCUGACUAUUGGAUAUGUCAAAUAUCCAUCGCAAGUCGGCCUGUUGACAGGCUGGAUACACCAUACCGUUUACAUAGGUAUGAUGAUCUACCUACUCAACUCAAUUCAAGCACCUACUUUCCUUGUUGGAUCGAUCAUGGAACUUCCCACUCUCGAUCUCGCCUUAUCAAAUCUGUUUCCCUCCAUUCGAAGUGAUCUGAGGUUCCUCUCUACGUUUUUCACUCUUCGAAUCGUUCUACAUUCUAUCAUCCUCUUUCAAUGCGCGAUGCCUUCCACUCGAGCAUACAUGGGAGGUUCAUUCGUCCCUGUGAUCUUGUUGAGUCCAGCUCUUCUGAUGCAUUUGUCUUGGUUCAGAGGUGGAGUCAUCGGAUAUAUGAAAAGAAACUCUAAAUCAUCAUCCCAAAAGAAGGCGACAAAAGAAAAUGUGGUUGAAGAUCCAGUCAUUCAAUAUGCAGCUUCAAUUGAUCAAACCACCGCACAAUUGAUCCCACCUACUCCCGAUGACUCUCCAAUUGUAACACCAAGGACACCAAUUCAGAAUCCUAUAUUGGGAGGGAUGUCCAACUUACCUACUUUGUCUGUACCAAACAUCAAUAUCCCAUCUUUGGGCGAAAUCAAAUCUAAUUUGACAACAGACAAAUUAAUCCCGGGAGGGUUUCGAGAUGCGGUGAAAAAUAGAUGGGAAGAACAGAAAGAGAGAUUUACUGCCAGAGAUCAGGGGACCACUGGAAUGGUACAGAGGAAACCGAUCAGUGACACUCGUGAAAGCUCGGAAACAGUGGUAGUAACAGAAGUCUUGGUUGACUGA